CGAGGCUGUCGCCCGCGCGGCUCAAUUGCUGAAAUAUCUAUGGCAGGCCGUGGCGGAAGCUAUUGAACCGCGCUGCGGCAAGCUAACAUGUCACCAGCACGGCCCGGCCCGCGGCCCAGGAAAUGGCUGCCCAACCUAGAGCCCCCUCCUAUCUCGGUAGAAUAUAAGUCGAGCACACCAUGGGGGGGGAUUUUACCACCGAUGGCGCCCGACAUUUAUAAGAGGCGAGCCCUCGGCGCGCAGCUGUGGGCGUUGUCGCGGC